CCUGGCACCAUUGACAACAAUGUGAUUUACCUUGUCAAGCGAUUCUGUGUGACUCAAGCCACAUCAUAAGUCGCACUAGUGAGCCUUAAGUUUAGAUCAGCAACUAAAUUCAAAGGUUUAUCUUUGUUCCCCACUGAAUGCUUUACUGAUAUUCAGAAACAGGCUGAAGACAUGUACCUUUAUUUCCAUGUGUCUGUUGUCAGUACUAUAUCAUUGAUUACCUAGUAAAAUCAUGCAAAAGAGAAUGACGAUGGCUCUUAGGAAAACAGAGGACAAAUGUAUUAGAGAAACUCCAGAUAUUCAUCCAAAGAAGGCACUACAACCUCUAGACAGAAUGCUAUCCACAUUAAUCCUUUUAUUUGUAUCAGUUGUGUACACAGAGUCACAGAUACAUUCCUGCAAUUCCGGAUAUGCAGUUUUAGUUCCCUGUUGUACCACAGCAGAUCAUCUGACAGAUGAUAUCACAAAUGUGUAUUGUCCAUCUGGGUGUAUGUCAAAGAGCCUCUACAUAUGGGGAACAGAUAUCUACACAGCGAACUCCCCUAUAUGCAUGGCUGCUAUUCAUGCCGGAGUGGGCUCUAAUGGAGGAGGAUAUAUCACAGUAGUGAAGAUGCCAGGUCAAGCAAACUACAUUAGCUCCAUUAAGAAUGGCAUUGGCAGCCUUAGUUAUCAGACAUCAGCAAGAUCCUUCAUGUUGUUCACUAACCUCACUGCUUCAACUGUUUAUUCCUCUACUAUUGCAGCUGUUCCCAGCACUUCCCCUCCUACCUCUUCAACCGAUCCUGGUUUUACUUCUGCUGAUAAUGUCUCUCCUUCAUCCAGCACUGCCCUUCCUGCUUCAUCUUCUUCUAGCACUGCCCUUCCUGCCUCUUCUACUGCUCCUGCUUUUAGCACUGCUUUCCCUUCCGCUCCUCCUUCUAGCACUGUCCUUCCUGCUACUUCUGAUGCUAUAACCCCUACUGGUGUUUCAGACACUACCACCACUCCUCCUUCUAGUACUAACUUCCCUGCUACUUCUAAUGCUAUAAUUACUACUGGUGUUGCAGACACUACCAACACUCCUCCUUCUAGUACUGACUUUCCUGCCACUUCUGAUGCUAUAAUCACUACUAGUGUUGCAGACACUACCACCACUCUUCCUUCUAGUACUGACUUCCCUGCUACUUCUAAUGCUAUAAUUACUACUGGUGUUGCAGACACUACCAACACUCCUCCUUCUAGUACUGACUUCCCUGCUACUUCUGAUGCUAUAACCACUACUGGUGUUUCAGACACUACCACCACUCUUCCUUCUAGUACUAACUUUCCUGCCACUUCUGAUGCUACUAUCACUACUGGUUACUCAGACUCUACUACUGCUUAUGUGAAGGCUGGUGCUUUAGUUAAUGAUAUUGCUUCAAUGAGUGACAUUCUUCAAUCUGAUAGCAGUAGUGUACUGGCUGCUGAUACUAUUUUAGCUGCCAAUACGCUUUCUGCUAAUGCUCCAAUUACUUCUGCUACGCCUAUCCAAACAGCACCUAUAACAACUGAUCUUACAACUACGAACCUGGUUGAUAUAGGGCCUAUUAGCUGCUCAACCUAUUUAGACCUUCUGACAGGUGACACAUUACGGGUUUGGUGCCCUGCAUCCUGUGACGCUUCAUAUAUAGUUUGGGGAACUAAAAUUUACACAUCUGCCUCUGACAUCUGCGCUUCAGCGAUCCAUGCGGGGGCGCUGCCCGCCGCCGGAGGUUAUGUAACUUUGAAAAGGGAACUCGCACAGAGCUCUUAUUCUGGAACUUAUCAAAACGGGAUUCAAUCCCGAUCCACCUCUUAUUCUUAUGAAUCCAUGGUAUUUGUCUAGGAUACUGUGUACCAUGUGGCUAUACUAUAUUUAGUGUAUUCACAAUAUACACAAAGAUUUAUGUUUAAAAUAAAAUAGAAUGACUACCAGCU